GCCCCACCAAACCGUGCGAACCCAGCUGACAUCACUAAAUCCCACACCCUGCAGUUUACAUCAACGAGCGAACGAACCAACCACAUUCCCCGUACCGGCGGCCUCCGCCAAUCUCUCUUCAAGCAGUCUCGGUAUCCCGACAAAUCUAACCAUGGCUCUUCUCGAGGAUCUGCUCCUGACCCUCCUCUUCGGCGUCGAGGCGAGCUUCACGCAUCCCGGCAUUCUGAUUCCCACCGUCGAAUCGACUGGAGAUGCGGAACUCAAGAAUGUAGUCAAGCAGACACAGAGGAGUCGCGAGGCGAGGGAAAUUCUGGGGUUCUCGGAGCGAGUGUGGAAAGCCAUGACUGAGACCUUGCUGGCUGGAAACGACCAGCUCACAUUGAACAAACACCACCUGCUACCGAAAGUCUGGGACUUGGUUUUACUGGCACGCAAUUUGCUUGCGGCGAAGGAGCGGGCCCAAAACCUCGCAGCAGAGCAGGGAUUCGAUGCAGAGAUCCGGCGGCUUCUUUCAAUCUGUGUCGAAAAAGCGAGCAAACCGAUUCUACCAAACUUAGACAAGCCGACCCACGACAAAGAAUUGCAGAUGAAGGGAGGAUACAAGAAGGUGAUGAUUACGGCAUUGCAAUUCUUCAAUAACCUCAUGACCUGCAAUGAAACCAGGAAGCUUCACAUCUGGCUGCACCUGUUCGGCACACCUUCCUCGAUCCACACCACCGGCCCUUCCCCGUUGAUAGCCAAGGCCACCAGCAAGAGCAAAGCUCGAAAAUCCACCAAACCCCAACCAUCACCCGGUUCCGGCGUCGGUGUCGGAUUUGUCGGUGGUACUGUUGCUCACCACAAUGAAACGGCUGCUAAGUGCAACUCGCUAUCGGCUGGGUUCAACGCCAAGUACUACAAACCUGGCUUUCUUACCGAUGUGCCCCGGCUUCUGCAGCCCGACGAGAUUGAGCCAUUACUCAUGAUCCUGCAGAGCGGGAUUGUGGCGUUCGAUGGAUCGGAUGAAGCCAUGCAGUCGGUUAGAUGCAAGUUGAUGCUGGCGCAGGGAUACGGACGCAGUCUUUUGCGCGAAGUCCUGGUGUUCUUGGGUGCUUGGGAGGUGGAUGAAGAAGACUUCUGCUUCCGCGUGCUGGGACAGAUUGUGGAGGCUAUCCUUCUCAAUGGACUGAUCCCAUAUGCGUACGAGUGCUUUCGGGACGACAAGGACAUUGUCACCCCAGCUCAAUCGGUUCUCUUGAAACUUUUGGUUUCUGUCUACCGACCACAAAACGGUCUUCCUCAGCAUAACCAGGGAGAAUGGCCCCGCGGCUCGCCAAUACCGGCAAUGCAGUCGCCUUCCACUAUGGGCUUUCCCGUUCAUACUGAGCCACCGAAAGACGCCGCCACCAUCGCCAUUGAAGUUGCUGCUACCAACGUUCGUCCCGGAAGUGAUGAGGAAGCUGCCGAUAUCCCACCCGUUAUCGAGAGUGCAAUUCCCACUUUCUUCGUCAACACCUUCCGGAAGCAGGUAGUGAACCCCGUCAUCAAGAUCAUUCAGUUGCAGGGCGCAAUCCGCACCGGAAAGGAGAGCAAGGAGUCGUUCGAGCUCAGCUUGUGGGACCUGGACAGGAUUUAUGAAGGCCUGUAUCAAUUCCUAGAGCUGUUUGUCCUCUUCUCGGAGGACGAAGAGGCAAAGAAGACGCUCUCCACGCACGAGAAGGGACUGGUCGCCGAUCUGGUCCGUCUACUGGGCGAGCUGGACCAAGCCAUCCCGCGCUACCUUGCCACAAAGCCAAACAAGCCCUCCCCUCCCGCGACCGCCGAAGCGCCAAAGAAGGAGGAACCCCCCAAGAAGCAGGAGGCGAAGCAUCUGGUGGAACGUCCGUUCGAUAUCGGCGGCAGUGGCGAGGAUGAUGCAGAAGGUGAGGAAGAAUCGGAUGGUGAGGCAGACGAUGAUGAUAACGAUAGGGAGCUGGUUGAACCAGACGAGUUCACUUGGCCGAAUAUCAAGCGCUUCAUCGUAAUCCUCAUCAGCACACUUGCCUGGCAGAAUCGUGAGGUUCAGGACCUGGUCAGGGAGAAGGCGGGAUUGCCGGUUGUCCUGAACCAGUGCAAGAUCGAUGAUGACAACCCUUAUAUCCGUGAACACGCCAUCCUGUGUCUUCGCGCUCUGUUGCAGGGUAACAAGGAGAACCAGGCGAUCGUCGAGGAGCUCAACGCUAGGGAAGUUGUGCCCAGCGAGGUGCUUGAUAAACAUGGCUACGAGCCGUUUAUCGACGACAAGGGCCGGGUGAAGCUGAAGCGCGCGGAUGAGGGAAAAGCUUCGGAGGAGAUUUGAUCGCAACUCAAUAAAAGCUUUAGAAGGUCCUAGCCAUGGCCGCAAUGUACUUUACAUGAUUAAUUAGAUAGCACAAGGCGAAUGGGUCGCUUUACUUCUGAGACCAUCUCUACUAUAGAUGGAAUGGUUAAUACAUUUGUUUUUUGU